AUGGAUGGCAUCUUGCCUACCUACUCUGACGACGUUUCAUCAUCAACUGCGAGCGUGAGCAGCUCGAUUUUGAAUUAUCGAUCGGAGAAUGGGCGAACAUACCACGCAUACAAGGACGGAAAAUACUAUAUGCCCAAUGAUGAAACAGAAAACAACAGACUAGACUUGCAGCACAAUCUGUUCCUCCUGACCUUUGACAACAAACUUGGUCUCUCUCCGCCGAACCUUCCCGAAUUCAAGACCGGCCGGGUUCUCGACUUGGGUACUGGGACAGGCAUCUGGGCAAUUGACUAUGCUGACGAGCAUCCCGAGACUGAGGCGAGAGCGACCAUCUCAAGAAGCGACCAAGAUGUUCCCCCGAAUGUCAAGUUUGAGAUUGACGACAUCGACGAAGAGUGGACUUAUCAUCAGCCUUUUGACUACAUUCACAGCCGAAUGAUGAACGUCUCUGUCAAGAACUGGCCAGAAAACCUUGCACCGGGUGGUUAUGCCGAGUUCCAAGACGUCGAUGCAUUCAUGAAGUCAGACGACAACACUCUUACCGAAGACCACGCUCUCCGCAAAUGGAAUGUUCUUCUAGAUAAAGCUGCUAAAGAGCACGGAACUCCUUUCCUGGAGAUCGACCAACUGAAGAACCUCAUGGCCGAGGUUGGGUUCGUUGACAUCAAGGAAGUUCCAUUCAAAUGGCCGAUAAAUCGCUGGCCUAAGGAGAAGAGGUUCAAGGAACUUGGAGAGUGGAGCAAGUUCAACACAGACGAUCUUCUCGAGGGUCUUUCCAUGGCCUUGUUUACGAGGUGCCUUGGCUGGACUCCUGAGGAAGUUAGUGUUUUCCUCGUCGAGGCUAGGAAGGAUUUGAACAAUCCGAGAAUCCACGCCUACUGGUCCAUCCGUGCAAUUUACGGGAGGAAGCCUGAAGCUUAG